UUUUUUUUUUUGCCUCCUACUUCUGUCUUGAAGCCAGACAAUCGACUUGCAGCUCUCCCUCCCCUCCCUCUCUCUCCACGUUCUGCUCCCACUUGCUCUCCCCCGGCCCCAUCCCCUCCCCUCCCGGCGGAAAGCCCCCCGAAAGCAACAAAGCUGAGCCGAGAGAAACAAACAAAACAAACACACCGGGCCAGACAAGCAAUCGACAAAACUUUGCAAAGCAGAAACAAAAAAGGAAAAACUAACCAACCUCAACCAACCAGACCCCGAGCCACCCGGGGCGCCCUCUCGCACCCUUGCACACACAAAAGGCGGCGCGCCGGAGCCCGAGACCCGGGAGCCGCCGCCGCCAGCAGCCAGGGGAGCAGGAAGUCCGGACGCGGCCCCCAUAGAUAUGGCAAUGGUAGUCAGCACGUGGCGCGACCCCCAGGACGAGGUGCCCGGCUCUCAGGGCAGCCAGGCCUCGCAGGCGCCGCCCGUGCCCGGACCGCCGCCGGGCGCCCCGCACACGCCACAGACGCCUGGCCAAGGGGGCCCGGCCAGCACGCCGGCCCAGACGGCGGCCGGCGGCCAGGGCGGCCCUGGCGGUCCGGGCGGCGACAAGCAGCAGCAGCAGCAGCACAUCGAGUGCGUGGUGUGCGGGGACAAGUCGAGCGGCAAGCACUACGGCCAGUUCACGUGCGAGGGCUGCAAGAGCUUCUUCAAGCGCAGCGUGCGGAGGAACCUGAGCUACACGUGCCGCGCCAACCGGAACUGUCCCAUCGACCAGCACCACCGCAACCAGUGCCAGUACUGCCGCCUCAAAAAGUGCCUCAAAGUGGGCAUGAGACGGGAAGCGGUGCAGAGGGGCAGGAUGCCGCCCACCCAGCCGACCCACGGGCAGUUUGCGCUGACCAACGGGGACCCCCUCAACUGCCACUCGUACCUGUCCGGAUAUAUUUCUCUGUUGCUGCGCGCCGAACCCUAUCCCACGUCGCGCUUCGGCAGCCAGUGCAUGCAGCCCAACAACAUCAUGGGCAUCGAGAACAUUUGCGAACUGGCCGCGCGGAUGCUCUUCAGCGCCGUCGAGUGGGCCCGGAACAUCCCCUUCUUUCCUGACCUGCAGAUCACCGACCAGGUGGCCCUGCUUCGCCUCACCUGGAGCGAGCUGUUCGUGCUGAACGCGGCACAGUGCUCCAUGCCCCUCCACGUCGCCCCGCUACUGGCCGCCGCCGGCCUACACGCCUCGCCCAUGUCCGCCGACCGGGUGGUCGCCUUUAUGGACCACAUACGGAUCUUCCAAGAGCAAGUGGAGAAGCUCAAAGCGCUGCACGUUGACUCCGCCGAGUACAGCUGCCUCAAGGCCAUAGUCCUGUUCACCUCAGAUGCCUGUGGUCUCUCUGAUGUAGCCCAUGUGGAAAGCUUGCAGGAAAAGUCCCAGUGUGCUUUGGAAGAAUACGUUAGGAGCCAGUACCCCAACCAACCAACGCGAUUCGGAAAGCUUUUGCUUCGCCUCCCUUCCCUCCGCACGGUCUCCUCCUCAGUCAUAGAGCAAUUGUUUUUCGUCCGUUUGGUAGGUAAAACCCCCAUCGAAACCCUCAUCCGGGAUAUGUUACUGUCCGGCAGCAGUUUUAACUGGCCGUAUAUGGCAAUUCAAUAAAUAAAUAAAUCAAGAUAAGAAGGGGGAGUGAAACAGAGAGAAAGAAAAGGCAAAAGACUGGUUUGUUUGCUUAAAUUCCUUCUAUUAAGAAAGGAUAUAAAAGGAUGUUACAAGUUUGCUAAAAGAAGAGAGGGGAAGAAUUUAAUGGACUGUGAAUUUCCAAAAAAAAAAGACUGUCAAAUGAACUUUUACAGAAUGCAUUAAAAAAAAAAAAACUCCUGUGUCGGUCAGAACAACUUGCUACUUAUCAUUUUUGUAUAAAAAGGAAAUUAGUCUUUUUCUUUUUUUGGUAAAUUUUGGAAAAAUAUUGCUAAAAGUGCAUUUAAGGAGAUUGGGAGAAAAUUAGCAGAAUGGAGAAAGUAAGUCUUUUUUUUUUCCAAAUUAUUAAUUGUCCUGUGUCUAUGUACCUCUAGCUGUUCUUUUUUGUACUUUUCUGGUUCCAAACCAGUUUAUUCUGUGGUUCUAUAAUAAGUUUUGAUAUAAUCUUGGCUUCUUAAAAACUGUGUAUCCUUAAAAUAUAUGUUCUGCAAGAAUUAAAACUCAGUCCAUGAAAUAUCAUAGGAAGACAUAAAACUUUAAAAGGCAACUCAAAGAUGAUGGAAACGCACUUACAAGUGGUGACCAAAAAUUUUAGGUGAAGUUGAGCACUCUAAUUUGAGAACUGGAGGAACCACAUACAACACUUAACUUCCCCUACCCUGCCCCCCCCCCCAAAAAAAAGAUACCUUGACAAACCUAGCUUUUUAAAAAUAUUUUAAGAAAGAGAAUGAACUGUGGAAUUUAUUGGCAGCCAAGGAAUGUGUCCAAGACACAUGCUGAGGUUUUGAAUAAAAAGUGAACUUUUGUAAUUUGAAUUGGGUCCCGCUUAGUUCUUGAAUUGUUAUGAAAAUCCUAUAUCUGUUUGUAUAUUUGCAAACCCUUUGUACUAUAAUUGUUGAUAUUUUCCCUUUUUAAAAAAUACCAUUGAAAUCAGCAUGACAAAAUAACACUGUUGGCACUUAUAGGUAACGUGAUUGAUUCAGUAUCUUAGAGUUUACAGUUUGUGUUUUAAAAAAACUGAAGGUUUUUUUUUUAAGUGCAACAUUUCUGUAUACUGUAAAAGUUAUAAUAACUGAACUGUUUGGUCGAGUCUUUGUGUGUUAUAUUCCAAGGAAAAUUGAAAGUAUUCAGAAAUUAAAAUAUUAUUUGAUAUCUGAAA